CGACUUUGACAUCAUUUUGGCCUGAUGCAGCUCAGCUACGGGUAUUCAAAACAGACCGGGGAUGACCAGACCAGGCCAAAUGCGCCCAAGAUGAUGGUUCGAUGGUCCCACACGAUGUCAGCCCAUCAUCGCUCAUCAUCGCUUCAUUCCUAAGUAGUGUCACAAACCUCGAGCUUGAACAUAUAAUGGCAUUUCUUUUUCCAUAUUCUUUUUCCCAUAUUUGUUCUAUUUAUUGUAUGAAAUUCAAUCUUAGGUUUUUCAUUUUAUUCUUAGUUGGUAACCGUUUCUCUCUCAAAGCUCGGCUUCUUCAUCCAGUAUAACUCCUGCUGUUCCUUAGAUCUUAGACACUCACUUCUAAGUCAAAAUCCGUACAAUUGGGUACCUGGUUUCAAGCACCAGCAUUCUCCACAAUGGGACCCUCCGCACGACCUAGACAGCAUGUCGAUCGAAAAGAUCUAUACACAAAUCUCGAAGCACGAAUACAGUAUCUCCACUCAUUCAUCGAUUUCAGUUCAAAUGAUAUCGAAGCCUUGGUGUCAGGCUCCAAAUACAUCAAACAGCUUAUUCCUGCUAUCGUCAACAUUGUCUACCAAAAACUGCUGCAGUAUGAUAUCACAACGCGAGCCCUGGAAACUCGAAGUACCAGCUAUGAGGGGCCGGUAGAUGAUAAUCUCGACGAAAACAGCCCGCAAAUACUACAUCGCAAAAUGUUCCUAAGGGCGUAUCUUGCCAAGUUAUGCUCGGAUCCCAGCACCAUGGAAUUUUGGGAAUAUCUAGACAAAGUGGGCAUGAUGCAUACUGGUCGUGGGCGUGAGCACCCCCUCCACGUCGAGUAUGUCCAUAUUGGAGCAUGUCUCGCCUUCAUACAGGACACUUUUACAGAGGCGCUUCUUUCGCACCCGCGCCUGCGGACAGACAAGAAAAUCGCAUUGGUGAAGGCGAUUGGCAAAGUCAUCUGGGUCCAGAACGACCUCUUCGCGAAGUGGUAUGUGCGCGAUGGCGAUGAGUUUGCAGAUGAGAUGGAAAAGCAGAGAGUCGAGCCUGAAGGGUUCCUACACGGCAAGAAGAUCUUAGAGGACAUUGAGGAAGGCCUCCCAUCGUCUCAAACUUGUCCCUUCUCUGGGUUUUCUGCGGCAGCUAAAGCAGAGGCGUGUAAUGGAUGCGGGGAGGACGCCGAGAAAAAGGGUGGAUGUUCAUCGACAUCAACAUUGCCUAUACGAUCGCACGUUGAAACGAAAUAAAAUCGCACAUUAUGCGCGAUGUCACCAAUUCGUUUUCAUGGUUUGGGUUUAUGUUGGCUGCGACUUCAAGAGGGAGGGAACUAUGUCAUAGGCAUAUAGGGGCGUCAAAGGAACCGCGGGUUUAUUGGGAUAACUUAGGAAGCAUUAUAGGCAGCAUAUCUAUUUACGCACGUUCACUACCUUGCAUUUUCUUUGGCUCCACGAU